AGCAAAGGAGGGUUCUCCACUUCUAGGACUCUCCUUUACACCCACACGGACAGCAAGUGGAGGACCUGCUAAAAUGGAUAAUAAUUUUUGAAAGCAACUGAGGGAUCACCACCAAGCAGUAAAGGACCCAGUGUAUCCAAAUCUCUCGGGUGGCACCUGUUAGGCUAUAUUAAAUUAACUGUCUGAAUAUGCGCGAGGAAAGCUGGCAGGUUGAUUGAUAAAUUUAUGGAGAGGUAGACGUGCGCUUUGCUGGCACCAUGGAGGAGAUCUUCAAGGAGCAAGACUUUUGGACCUUCAACGAGUCAUCUAGAAACUCCAGCGUCGGCAAUGAGACCUUUGGUGUAAACCAGACAGUGAACCCCCUGAAGAGAAAUGAAGAGGUGGCCAAAGUGGAAGUUACUGUGCUGGCCUUGGUGCUGUUUUUGGCUCUUGCUGGUAACCUAUGCGUCCUUAUUGCGAUCUACACAGCCAAGCACACUCAGUCGCGCAUGUAUUACUUCAUGAAGCACCUCAGCAUUGCAGACCUGGUGGUGGCUGUCUUCCAGGUUCUGCCUCAACUCAUUUGGGACAUCACCUUUCGCUUCUACGGGCCAGACAUCCUUUGCAGGUUGGUAAAAUAUCUUCAGACGGUCGGGAUGUUCGCCUCCACUUACAUGCUCGUGCUGAUGUCCAUAGACAGAUGUAUUGCUAUCUGUCAGCCCCUUCGUUCUUUACACAAGCGAAAGGACCGCUGUUAUGUGAUUGUUUCUUGGGCACUAAGCUUAGUUUUCAGUGUCCCACAAGUUUAUAUAUUCUCCUUACGUGAGAUUGGUCAUGGAGUCUACGAUUGCUGGGGAGAUUUCGUGCAGCCUUGGGGAGCAAAAGCCUACAUUACAUGGAUAAGUCUGACAAUAUACAUCAUACCAGUGGCCAUACUGAGUGGCUGCUACGGACUGAUAAGCUUUAAAAUAUGGCAAAACUUUAAAAGGAAAACGAAGGGGGACCAGUGUAUCACUCUCACAACUAAGGCAUCGAAAGCCAACGCGCUCGCCCGGGUCAGCAGCGUCAAACUCAUUUCCAAGGCCAAAAUCACCACCGUUAAAAUGACUUUUGUGAUUGUGCUGGCUUAUAUAGUGUGCUGGACUCCGUUUUUCUUCGUACAGAUGUGGUCAGCCUGGGAUCCAGAAGCACCAAGGGAAGCCAUGCCCUUUAUCAUCUCCAUGUUACUGGCUAGCCUGAACAGCUGCUGUAACCCCUGGAUCUACAUGUUUUUCGCUGGACAUCUAUUCCACGACCUGAAGCAGAGCCUGCUGUGUUGUUCCUCACUGUAUCUGAAGUCCUCACAGUGUCGUUGUGAUCAGGAACACGACUCGCGCAAGAGCAACUGCUCCACCUAUGUCAUCAAAAGCACCAGCAGCCAGAGGAGCAUCACCCAGACUUCCAUCACAUAAGUCAUAUAUCCAUUUUCUGACAUUUUUGAAAGCCUGAGAGAUUCAGAUUAAGGAAAGGACAGUUAAAAACAGAAACCCAUUUAGUACACAAGACUGUAAUUUAAGCUAAAUCUCAUAAUGAAGUUAACCUCAGUUUUGUUUUCUUUUGGGAAUUAUUCAUUCCCAAUGCAGUUUUAAUCACUCCACUUUUUGCACUUCUUUUGCUGAAACUCACUCAUUUUCUUAUCUCUUAAGAUCCUUGAGGAGCAACAAAACGAAGACAGAGUAAACUGUUCCUUCCCUUCAUUUAGUUGUGGACUAUGUUUAUGAGAUGUAAACAUGGGAAAGAGCCCGAAUGUCUUACAGGGGGACCAAGAACAUGUCUGUUGAAACUGGAAUGUAUUACACAGCUUUGUUUUUUUUAACUGCAGAGGUCAGGUGGAGGUAUUUGAUCCGCCCUCUGCCAUUUUGAGAGUACUUACAACUCCCCUUAAAAUACUCAUUCAUGAAAAAAACAGUAGUGAAAAAUAUAUUUUUCACUGAUCAAGUUUGACAUAUUUUGUACUGAAGUGGACAGCAGGGUCAUGUCAUUUUAUACAUCAAAAACUGUUUGUCAGAAUGUAAAACAACUCAUGGAUUUAAGAACGCACAGAUGAAAAAAAGAUGUUGAAGACACAAAGUGUUGAAAUCCCCUCUAUUUCAUUUAGAACCCAAUGACAAACAUGGUCAGUUGCUCUUUUUAAUGGACUUUUAAAAGAGAACACUGACAAAUAUUUAUAAAAAAUAAAAAAUAAAAAUGUCAUAAAGAACACAAGCACUUUUAGUUUGACUAUUUUGGCACAUAGACAUUCAUGUUGUUGUCACUGUUCUUUAGUAUUCAUUGUUACUCCUUUCCAUUAUAUUGUUGUUAGUCUUGUAAGAGAGAGUAAUUUUUACAGUAAGUGUUUAUUCCAGUUAAAUAUUUUUACUUAUUGCUCUAAAAACUACGGUUUCAGUCUAUUUUUGUUGCUGCAUCUCCAUAAAAUAUUUUAUAAAGGAAAAGCGUUUACACUCAAGAGGACAAGUACAUUUAACACAAUUGUUUACUAGUGCUGCAAAAAAGAAAAUCUGCUUUUACUUUUUAAGGAAAAUGAUAAAGGCAGUAUUAUCAGCAGAAGAUUUAUUUUACAGUGUUUAAAUACACUAUUCACUGAAGUUCUGUUACUCUUUAAUUUAUAAAGCUACUGAUUUUUACUCCUGAAAAAUAUACUGCCUAUUUGCAUUUAAAAUGUGUAGAUAUAGUGUAUAUUUAUUGAAAUAAAUUGAAUGUGUU